CUGGUUUUCCCCAAAGCCCAAGGCCACAACACAAGAGAAAGAGGAUGAGACAAAGCACAGGCAACAGUGGAAAUAUUACUACAUAUUUAACGCCAACACCAAGACUCUUCCCCCAAGCAGAAGUUUAGAGAAAACCCCCCACCCCCACCACCGCCACCCACACGAGCGGUUCUCGAAGUGCAUGCACAACAGCACAGACUUUCUGCCUUUUCAAACAAACAAGCCCAUUUUCCUAUAUAUAAGAGAGAGAAACAGAGAGAGAGAGAGAGAGAGAGAAGAAAAGAUCAUAUCAGUCUCAAAAUAAGCACCCCACCUGACUCUCUGUGAGUUUGUGUGAGAGAGAAUCAAAUUACAACCGUGUGGUUGGUUUCUUCUCUUCUUUUUGUGUUAUUGAUACAAACCAACCCAAUUCUCUGUUUUCACCUGUUCCCUUUCUUGUUUAAUUUUCUCUCACUUUCUUUUCUGCCUUACAGACCCUUCUUUUGAGUGAGUGAUCUCACAGGUGGAGAGAGGUUUAGAUCACCAGAUAGGUAGCCCUCCUGUUCCUCUGAUCAUCACUUCUUUUCUUCAUUCUCACAAGUCUAGAAGAAAAACCAAGUGUUGCUUUUGUUCUCUGCCUUGUGGCAUUGCCCUAUUUCUGUUUGAUAAAAAACCCAUCUUGAUUAGCAGCUGAAGUUUCUACUUUUAAUCUUCGUUCUCAUUGAAAAUGGCUCCUCAACAUCUGAAGAGUGAUUGUGUUGGUUUCACUAGAUAUGAAGAUUUGAACUUUUUGCCACCUCCUCCUGUUUCUCAUCAACUUUCUCUGUCAAACACCUUUGGGGCAAUGGUUCAUCCUCAUUUUUAUUCUGGAGGGCAAGAUCACUCAGGUACUUCUUCUGAGCCUUUCAGCCCCUCAUCAUCCCAGCGAAGCAAGAAACCAUGGGGUUUUAAGCCUCUGGAAAAUGGGGGAACAAGAAUAACUGAUCAUGGUGAUCAGUAUCCUGUGCUUCUUGGGAUUGAUCAGAAAAAGGGCAUGCCUUUAAGUCUUGCUGGAGAGGAAGCUGAUGAAGGUAGGAGCCUUGCUGCUGCUGGGAGAACUGGUACUGGUGGGCAUACAAAGAGUUGUGCCAGAGGCCAUUGGAGACCUGCUGAAGAUUCAAAGCUCAAAGAACUUGUGGCCCAAUAUGGUCCUCAAAAUUGGAACUUAAUAGCUGAGCAUCUUGAUGGCAGAUCAGGAAAAAGUUGCAGAUUGAGGUGGUUUAACCAGCUAGAUCCAAGGAUCAACAGAAGGGCUUUCAAUGAGGAAGAAGAAGAAAGGCUCCUGGCUGCCCAUAAACUUUAUGGCAACAAAUGGGCCAUGAUUGCUAGGCUCUUCCCUGGAAGGACUGAUAAUGCUGUGAAGAACCAUUGGCAUGUGAUCAUGGCUAGAAAACACAGAGAGCAAUCCAAUGUUUACAAGAGAAGAAAGCCUUCUUCUCCUCAGGCCACCCAGCUUCCUAAGGAAUUUUAUCACCCUCCUGUGACCAAUUUUCAAAAGAAUACCUCCAGCACUGAAUCAACUGUCUCAAUAAGCACCAUUGACGACACUCAAUCUGCUUCAACAUGCACUGAACUCUCCCUCACUCCCUCCACUAGGUUACCUCUUAGCUUUUUUAGCAAGCUCCAUCCGUUUCAGCAACACCAGAACUUUGGAUCUCAGAUGGGCUCAUCAAGUGAUGGGCGUUCUGGCAAGAUCAUUGGCAAUGGGAAUGGCUUGUGCAAAACUGGACCUCUGGAAGGAGCUGUGAUGGGUGUGGACCAAUCUGGUCAUCAAUCAGAUUCAAACUCAGAAAUUUCAGGAGAUGGAUCAGUCACCACCACUAGGACGAAUGUGUCAUUGUCUGGGGAAAAUCAAAACCAAAAUCUGAAUAAUAAUGAGAAGAUCAGCAUGUCCUUCAUUGAUUUUCUUGGAGUAGGCAUGGGUUAAAAAAAAAAAGAUGUGGGUUUUGGGCAGGAACAAAGGAGAAAGGCUGGAACUAUAGCAAAAGUGCAAGAGCUUAACCAUUGCAAACACCCAUGUAUCUGUGAUGUGGUAAAAGUGCGUCUGCAAGGAGGGGCAUCUCUACAGUCUUUUGAUGUGUACAGUUAGUUCUAUAAAAGGAAAAUAGAAAGCUACAGUAAACUAGGUAAAAGCAGCAGAGAGAGAGAGUUAAAAAAAAAAAAUGAUAUGAGAGUGGUUCAACUUCAAAAUAAUUGUGAAAACGUCUUCGGACUUAUGCAGGAAGCAAGCAAGCAGCAGUGGGGUUUGGUUUGGUUACUUUAUUCUCUAUGUGAUGUUGUUUGUUUUGUGGCAUUUUGCACACGAGGCAGAGCCAAAGCUACUUGUUGCAGACUUACUGACUCAAUGAAUGAACCUGCCCAUGUUUCAUGACUAGUUUUUAAUGCU